AUGCCUCUCCAUCCUCUGCUGUUACUCCAUGCCUCUCCAUCCUCUGCUGCUGCUCCUGAGCCCGUCCUGCGCUCCGCCCGGCUGCCGAUUGAAGCCUCCACCUGCAGAUUGACGCCUCCAUCGAUUCGUGGCUGCUUCCUUCCUCUGCUCUGCCUCUCUGCCAACGCCCUUCCUUCACGUCAGCCAGAGCUUGCUGCUUGGGACAAGAAGAAAAGAGAAGUCAGGCUCAGGCCAUCAAAAAGGAACAAGGGCAACUGGAAGUGGGAGGAUGUCUGCUACAUGGGCUCCAAAACUUGCAGCAACAAGGUAUGUUUCUAUCACUCCAUCUAGGUUAAGGUAUGUGUAUGGCGUCGCCUCGCCGCACGCCAUACUCGCCUAGGCGUCUGGAAGGGGGCGAGUCGCCUCGCCUCGCCUUACCGCCGU